ACACAGCUAUUGUUAAGGAUUUGUUGUUUUGUACUCAUAUCAGCUGACGCAGAUCUUAAUCAGAAAACCAAUAGUAAGUGCUAUGCAAUAAAUUUAACCCGUUGCAAUGCAGAAAAUGUGUUUGACUUAAGUGUAAGGACCUGCACUGUGAACAUAAGCUAGGGCUAUUUCAUCAAGUGCAUGAGUAAGAGCACAUCAAUCAAGAUUAGAAAAUGAAACCAGUUAUUUACUGACAAGUAACUGAAUAAAACAAUCACAAACAAAUUUCUAAAAGGAAGUGGUUGUGGUGGUUAUCUAGCGAAUUCUAGACUGCGCUCGGGGGAAUUCUGCUGUGGCGGUCACGUGAGAGGCCUCUUUUUGAAGUGCCUCAGUCGCGUCACGGCCAACCACCGCCGCCGCUGUGUGUGAGCCGCUGCCUGACCGGUUCGCGGUGGACGCAAGUGACCCUCCGAAAACCUGUCCACUGUUAUGAUACACGAGACAACCAGGAGGGCUCCAGUCGGCGCUGAGAGGUGUAAAUAUUCACUGCCGUCUGCGGUGCUCGUUCAGAAAUGAAUGAAUAACGUCGGCGAGAGAGAGCAGCGGACAAGCAGACGGCGACACAACGUCCAAUUUCUCAACAACAACAGCAGCAGCAGCAGCUGAAAGGCGGACACCAUGAAUUACGUGGGGCAGUUGGCCGGUCAGGUGCUGGUGACCAUGAAGGAGCUGUAUAAGGGCAUUAACCAGGCCACGCUUUCAGGCUGCAUUGAUGUAGUGGUGGUCCGGCAGAAGGACGGCACCUACCAGUGCUCCCCUUUCCAUGUGCGCUUCGGAAAACUGGGUGUGCUGCGCUCCAAAGAGAAAGUGAUUGACAUAGAGAUCAACGGUGAGCCUGUGGAUCUCCAUAUGAAGCUGGGAGAUAAUGGAGAAGCCUUCUUUGUGCAGGAAACUGAGGAACAGAACGAGAUUGUACCAGCUCACCUGGCUACCUCCCCCAUCCCUACUGAGAGUCACCUAUUUUGGAUCGGAGGUGAUCACAGGUCAAGUCAGAACCUGGAUGAUGAUCCACUGGACCCCGAGGACCCUCCUGAUCCCCCUGUUGCCAGCACCGGGGCAGCCAAGAAGAAGAAGAAACGGAGAAAGAAGCAUAAAGGCGACCCACGUCGAGAGGAGCUGACCCCUCCUGCCGUCAUCAGCUCGACCCCUUCAACAGAUGAAAUAUUUGAGAUGGACCUGAGUUCUGAUGAGGACCCUGCUUCCAACACCAGAUCAUCUUCAAUUAGUACAGUUAGAGAAGUUGAACCCAAGUUACCAACAGUUCGUCAUUCUUUGGACAACUACCCUUAUUCUGACGGGGACUGGUCUCCAUCAGAUAGCAGCCAUGCCAUGUCAGAGGCCUUUUCUCCCAAGAGUGACUCUGAACUGGUCGUUCGGCCCUCAGAGAGCCUGCUGAAAAUGGAGUCACACAUGCAGUGGACAUGGGGAGAGUUUCCAGAAUCGACCAGGGUGUCUAAGAAGGAAAAGGUGGAGCUGCCGAAGACCGUGACCAUAACGCCUUCAGAGAACACUCACUUCAGAGUCAUCCUGAGCUCAGAGGCCAUGCAGACAGAUGAAAGAGAACCGGCCUCAGGGACUCCUGGCUGUACCAUAGUCAAGCCUGAACCCCGCAACCCUGUGACCCCCAAAACUCCCGCUGAGUCUGAUUUGGAGAUGGUGCCUAGUGAAGUGUUGACCUCCACUCCUUCAAACAGCCUUCCUGCUGCUUCAGCUGCUGCCUCUGCUGCUCAUAUGGGUGGGGACUUGGGAGAUGUUGGCCCCAAGACUGACUCGCCCUCCAAAAAGAAAGGGGUUCCAAAAAGGAGUCAGCACCAGGGCCCAGAGGACAUCUACCUGGAUGACCUGAAUGUGCUGGAGCCUGCUGUUGCUGCUCGCUACUUUCCUAAGAGUGAUUCAGAUGGUGGCUCCAAGCACUGGAUGGAUUCUGGGAUGCACUCAGGCUCUCAGUCCCCGCAGUCUGUGGGCAGUGCUGCGGCCGACAGUGGCACUGAGUGCCUGUCUGACUCUGCCAGUGAUCUCCCUGACGUCACUCUGUCUCUAUGUGGAGGACUCAGUGAGAAUGGAGAGAUUUCCAAAGAAAAAUUUAUGGAGCAUAUCAUCACAUAUCAUGAAUUUGCAGAAAAUCCAGCUAUCAUAGACAAUCCGAAUUUAGUUGUUAAAAUAGGAAACAGGUAUUACAAUUGGACAUUGGCUGCCCCUUUGAUCCUAAGUUUGCAAGCAUUUCAGAAGAAUUUACCCAAGGCUACAGAGGAAGCUUGGGUGAAAGAGAGGAUGCCAAAGAAAUCAGGCCGCUGGUGGUUCUGGAGAAAGAGAGCGGAUAGCACUAUUAAACAGUCAGAAAGCACUGGAAAGCUGGAGAUAAAGCAGUCCCAAAUGGAGGAAGGCAGCUCCUCUUUGUCAAUGGAAAGUCAUGCCCGCAAAGUGGACACCAGGGACUCGUCCAGCGAUGAGGAGGGGAAGGAGGUGAGCGCUGCCGCAUCAUCAAUGGAGCGCAAGGUCCAGUCUGAGCCCCACGGCCACACAUCUACUCACGCCUACCGCAAGUCCCUGCGCCUUUCCUCUGACCAGAUUGCUAGUCUGAAACUAAAGGAAGGACCCAAUGAUGUAACCUUCAGUAUCACAACGCAGUACCAGGGCACGUGCCGCUGUGAAGGCACCAUCUACCUUUGGAACUGGGACGACAAAGUCAUCAUCUCAGACAUCGAUGGAACCAUCACCAAAUCAGAUGUGUUCGGGCAGAUUUUGCCUCAGUUUGGGAAGGACUGGACGCAUCAGGGCAUUGCUAAACUCUACCACUCCGUGGCUGAAAAUGGAUAUAAAUUCCUGUACUGCUCAGCAAGGGCAAUUGGCAUGGCAGACAUGACGCGAGGAUAUCUGCAAUGGGUAAAUGACGGAGGCAUUAUCCUGCCCCGUGGACCACUCAUGCUCUCUCCCAGUAGCCUCUUCUCUGCAUUUCACAGGGAGGUGAUUGAGAAGAAGCCAGAAAUCUUCAAAAUCGAAUGCCUUACUGACAUUAAGAACCUUUUCCUGCCCAACAAACAUCCCUUUUAUGCCGCAUUUGGAAACCGAACAAAUGACGUCUUUGCCUACAAGGAGGUUGGAGUGCCACUCUGCAGAAUCUUUACGGUUAAUCCCAAAGGAGAACUCAUACAGGAGCAAACCAAGGGCAACAAGUCCUCGUACAGUAGAUUGAGUGAGCUGGUGGAUCACGUCUUUCCCUUGCUGAGUAAAGAACAAAGUUCAGCUUUCAGUUUCCCAGAGUUCAGCACAUUCUGUUUCUGGCGUCAACCUAUCCCUGAGAUCUGUGCGGAGGACCUGCUUUUAUAGACCAUCCCAGAGGGGCCAUCUAUUACACGUUCACAGUCAUCUCUGCCAUCAGAAGCACUUAGCCGGUACCCUUCCACAUCUCACAUCUCUGCUUAAAGACAAAUAAAGAGGCCGUCCUAUCCCACCUAGGAAAUACAAACUGCACAACAGCACCUCAAAGCUGAACCAGUCUGAGAGAAAACACCAAAACGCACCCCAGCGUCACAUUAAUGGGAUGUAGGUAGAACUUCCACAAACUGAAACACCUGGUGCUGCUCUGUAACAAUAUUUCUAAUCUAUAUCAUUUUGAUUAGCUGCUAUGAGUUAGGCUGCUUCAGCUCUGAAGGAAUUUAUGGCUAUUGGGCUAAUGUUUACAGUAUUAGUUAGACGACCAAUGGCCUCUUGGUCAGCAGAAUGAAUGCACAGCUGUUUGUUUGGGUAUGUGUAAGGUUAAAGGUGGCAUACAGGUAUGCUUAUGAUCGAAGUAAUUAACAAAGAUAUUCCUUACAACCGCUAAUUUACAUUUUUAGAGCAUAGAUUAUUUAUAUACAAAGGCAUUAGUUAGAAUUAACUAAUUAACAUGCACUGCCUCAAAGAUGUGGUGACGGUAUGACAGUUUGAAUAUGCAUUGCCAGAUGGUGCGAAAUGAGCUGAAUCUCGUAGAUACUGGAAAGUAUGCACAGAAUGAGCCGUGCCACGUGAGGACACAGCUCAUCAUUUACAUUUCAGCAGAUUUAGCGUGCACGGCCUCAUACAGUCGACUGGAUUCGUAUGAAAAGUACACCAAGGAGUUCAUCAUAAUUGGGCUUUCUUUUUAUUUCCCAAUUGUUGACAUUUUCAUCAUCUGAUUGCUGCAGAAUGCCUUACCGAUCGCACUUUUUCAGCUGCAGCCAAGAAAGGAAAAAUAUCAGCUGGUCUUGCACUUAACUCACGACAGAAAUGCAAUAACGUUCAAAGCUUUUCAGCAGCCAUUUGUGCACAAUGCGAAGAUUUAAGCGCUUUUAGACCCUUUAUGUAAACCUUGGCAAGAGAUCUGUAUUAAGUUAAGAAGAGUGUAGUAUAUAUUGGCUUUCAAAAUGAAGGCAUGUUAUACCUUUAAGUAGGCUGCGGCCUGUGAGAGAGUAUCAAAUGGUCUUUAACGUUUUGUUAGGCCUUUGCAUGCUUAGUUUGAAAUAUAAAUAUGACCAUUUAUGUUUUACACAGGCAUUGAUGCUUUCUGUUGGGUUAGACAGUUUGAAGGGUCUUGACUUUGUAGGUUUUCACUAUUAGUGGAUGAUUUUGAGCAGCAGGAAGCUGAUUUUUUUUUUAUUAUUAGAAAAUAUUGAAGCCAAUGUGCAAGUGAAGGAUGAGAACGACUCUACUGAAGUCGUCACUAUGGUCUUGACCCCUAUCUUUGGGCUUUGUUCAAGUUGCUUUCGAAUCUCGUAAGGGUAAGUUUAAGAGCACUGUGUGCUGGAUGUUAAAAUAGAUGUACAGAAUUAGAGCACAAAUCAUUUCUUUGAGUCAAAUCAUUGUUUAGGGAAAAAUUGGGGCAUUUCAUGGUUCAGCUGACUGUUGUGAUUUAAUAUAUAUGUGUGUUGCGCCUUGUGUCUGCAGUUAUGAUGUUUGGAAGUGAAAUCUGUUAAUUGUUAACAAAGGAAUCCCAUUCUUUCUAUGAAAGUAAUACCUCUUGUGUGGGAUGAACACACUCAUCUUGUAUGAAACUAACAUUAAUAGUAAAAAAGACAGAAAAAAAUGAAACUCUUUCUUUUGUUGUAAGUGCUGAAUGUGUUUUGUCAUUCCUCUUGAUCUUUGAUGCCUUUUGUUUUACUUGCUUUUAUUUGUAGUGGGUUGGUGUAUUUCUCGGUUUUGCUUUAUAGGAUUGCGUUUGACCAGCAUAAAUACCUUUAAAUGGAUAAUUGUACUAUAGAUAAAAAAAAAAAAAAAACUGGUUUGGACAAUGUUUAUGAAUCUAUUAAAGAUGUAUUUAAUA